CGGCGAUUUACGACGCACGUUGGGAGCCUGCAAGAUACGGCUGACGGUCCACCGCCAGAGGCAGCCCAACCAUCCUGAUCUAACUGGAAGGCCACGACUUAAGAGAGGUGCCACAACAGGAGCACGGUGACCGGCAUAUCGGUCCAUUACGGCAUAAAAGGAAAGCAGCCUCCCGGCACAACCACGCGAAUAACCAGUACCGUGAAGCGUACAACGAGUACAGCCACGAUGCAUUUCCUUUGUCUGCAUGGCAUCGGCACAAACAGUCAGGUUCUUGAAAUGCAAUUGACCACGCUUCGCUACGCCCUCGGUGAUGACCACACUUAUGAUUUUGUCGAAGGACAGGUGCCUUGGCCUAUGGCAGAAGAGAUCCGAGCGUUCGUCUCACCUGGGGCUGCCGCUUGCUAUGCCUUCUUCGAUCCUUUCAGCGCAGCCAGCGCUCGUGCUGCUCUCGAUGAUCUUGCCGAGUACAUUGCAUCUGAGGGGCCUUUUGAUGGCGUCAUUGGCUUUUCGCACGGAUCCUGUCUCGCAUCCACGCUUUUGCUGCAGACAAAGCUGCAGGAGCCAGAUCUGGACCCCGUUUUCAAAUGCGCUCUAUUCUUCUCCGCAGGAGCACCUCUUGACCCAAGCGCUUUAAGCCAUGGGGUCGUGCGCCAUUACGGGAAAGGCGGUGAGGUGCUGAGCGGCUUCAUGAAUGAUAAGCUCGAACAUCAUCUUGAACACCAAGAAGGGCAGGAGAGGGAUUCUGGAUGCCUAAUUGACUUCCCAACAGUGCACGUUUGGGAUGAAGAGGAUGCAUGCGCCCCCGGUCAGGCUCGGCGGCUCUUAAAUUUGUGUGACCCGCAGUUACGAGAGGAGGUGAUUCAUAGUGAGGGGCAUUCUGUGCCUGGGGGAGGCCCCCGUUCUAAGGAAGUCUUGGAUCGCGUUGUGGUAGCGUUUAAGGAUAUGAUCGCAAGGGCCGAGGCCCAAAAAAGAAACGUGGCACAGUAGCUCAAGCUGCGCCAAGGGUGUCGGCACUUCCGAGUGCAAACAUGUAUUG